AUGAAGCCCAAGGUGACCACAGCCAGUCUGGGUCGGGAGGAGGAGAAGCGGCGCCCCGCAGCCCGGCCGCACCUGCCGGAAGAAGAGGCCGGGCCGCGCUCGCCCACCCAGGUGUCGGCCCUGCGCGCGUCCGUCCGUCCGUCCGUCCGCGGCGCCUCCCGCGCACCUGGCCAGCUGCGCCCCACCUGCGCCCCUGGCCCCGCGACCCCGCGACCCCGCACCUGGCGCGGCGGAAGUCGGCUCCGCGGGCGCCGCCACCGCCUCGGCCGCCGCGAACCUGUUGCGCAGCCCGUCACGGCCGGCCGGGCGCCGCCUCAGCCGCCUCGGCCCGCGACAACAUGGCGGCCGCGGCCUCCGCAGGAAGCCGCGCCGGGGGCGGGAGGAGGCGCCAGGCCCGGCCGAGGCUCCCUCCCUCCCUCCCUCGCUCGCUCGCUCGCUCACCUCCGCCGCGGCCUCGCCAAGCUCCUCCUCAUCUCGCCGCCCGGGCCCAGCUUUCGGGGAGCCGAGAGCAGCCCCCAGAUUAGACAUGAGGCCUCCCCGACCCUCCCCGGCCCUCCCCUAGACCCACCUGGCUCCUCCUUCCUGCUUCCACCCUCAGGGGAGCAGACCGUCGCCUCUGCGGGGUUCCUGCCCCCCGCCGCGUGCACACCCAACCGAGCGAGGGAAUUGGGGAGCGGAGGAGGACCCCGAGUGUGUUUGGGGGUGCUGCACCUCGCUGGGGAUUCGGGGAUUUGA